AUGUCAUCUACCAGCAAGGACUCUAACAUGGCCGUGCAUGGUGCUGUCACUUCCAAUACAAAGAACUCUUCCUCUUCUACUUCACUUGAGUCUUGCUCGAUCCAUUCCACCACAACCGAUCAAUUAUCUCUGUAUGCAUAUAGAAUUCAACAAUAUAUUGCAGACGAUGCCCACUAUGUCCCAUACAAAUCUAUUGCCAACGUUACACGUAACCCCCAGACUCAAGUCGCUACAGCAGCCGAAGCAGGAUAUCGAAUGGGCAUAAAAUUGCAGGAGUUUGAUGCAAAGUUCUACAGAGGCGGUGAUGGUAUGGGGCUCUUGGGCAUGCUGGCGAAGAGGGACGAAAGGAUCAAAGUAGUAGGAGAUGGGUACGAGAUCCGGCUUGGAGCCUCGUUGGUGUUCGAUUCAUUUAUAAUAACCUUACUUUCGGAUAAUGACAAUUUACGACAUGAAAUAAUUGUCAUGUUUAAUGUCAUUGCAUGGCCUAGAAUCUAUUACCUCAACGACUCCGAUCUCUAUAGGCUAUGA